GCCCCGCCCCACGGGGCGCCGCGGGCGGGUCUCAGCAGCGCCCACUGCGCCAGCCAGGCCGCAGGUGCCGCCCCCGACACACGGUGUCCCGCCCAAGCUGAUUCGUGUCUGCCGUCGGCCGGUGCGUGCGUGCGCCUCGUCGGUCCGCGUGUGUCUGGCCGAGCGCCCCCUUCCUCUGCGGCCAUGACUCCGCCGCCUCCCCAGCCACCGCCCCCGGGCCCGAACCCCACCUCAGACUCUGCCGCCGACCCCCGCCCCGGGCCCGGACCCCUGGUCGUACUGUUCGGAGCCACGGCCGGUGCGCUGGGGCCGGACCUGGGUUCCGAUGAGACCGACUUGAUCCUCUUAGUCUGGCAAGUGGUGGAGCCGCGGAGCCGUCAGGUGGGGACGUUGCACAAGUCAUUGGUUCGCGCCGAGGCGGCCGCACUGAGCCCGCAGUGCCGCGAGGCGAGCGGCCUGAGCGCCGACAGCUUGGCGCGGGCCGAGCCGCUGGACAAGGUGCUGCAGCAGUUCUCACAGCUGGUGAGCGGGGAUGUGGCUCUGCUAGGUGGGGGCCCCUACAUGCUAUGCACUGAUGGGCAGCAGCUGCUGAGACAGGUCCUGCAUCCCGAGGCCUCCAGGAAGAACCUGGUGCUCCCCGACACCUUCUUCUCCUUCUACGACCUCCGCAGAGAGUUCCAUGUGCAGCACCCAAGCACCUGUCCUGCCAGGGAGCUCACCGUGGCCACCAUGGCACAGGACUUGGGGCUGGAGACAGAUGCCACAGAGGAUGACUUUGGGGUCUGGGAAGUGAAGACAAUGGUAGCUGUCAUCCUCCACCUGCUCGAAGAGCCCAGUGGUCAAUUGUUUUCGAAGGCCGAGGUGGUAAAGCAGAAAUAUGAGACAGGCCCUUGCAGCAAGGCCGAUGUGGUGGACAGUGAGACCGUGGUUCGGGCCCGUGGGUUGCCCUGGCAGUCGUCAGACCAGGAUGUGGCUCGGUUCUUCAAAGGACUCAACAUUGCCAGGGGUGGUGUCGCACUCUGCCUCAAUGCCCAGGGCCGCAGAAAUGGCGAGGCCCUCAUCCGCUUUGUGGACAGCGAGCAGCGGGACCUAGCGCUGCAGAGACACAAGCACCACAUGGGCGUCCGCUAUAUCGAGGUAUACAAAGCAACAGGAGAGGAGUUUGUGAAGAUCGCGGGGGGCACAUCACUAGAGGUGGCUCGUUUCCUGUCGCGGGAAGACCAGGUGAUACUGCGGCUGCGGGGACUGCCCUUCUCGGCUGGGCCGGAGGACGUGCUGGGCUUUCUGGGGCCCGAGUGCCCGGUGACUGGGGGUGCUGACGGGCUGCUGUUUGUGCGCCACCCUGACGGCCGGCCCACCGGUGAUGCCUUUGCCCUCUUCGCCUGUGAGGAGCUGGCGCAGGCUGCGUUGCGCAGGCACAAGGGCAUACUGGGUAAGCGAUACAUCGAACUCUUCCGGAGCACGGCGGCUGAGGUGCAACAGGUCCUGAACCGCUAUGCAUCCAGCCCACUCCUUCCCACACUCACCGCUCCCCUGCUCCCCAUCCCCUUCCCACUGGCAGCGGGGACUGGGAGAGAUUGUGUACGCCUUCGAGGCCUGCCCUAUACAGCCACCAUUGAAGACAUCCUGAGCUUUCUGGGGGAGGCAGCUGCUGACAUCCGGCCCCACGGGGUGCACAUGGUGCUCAACCAGCAGGGUCGGCCCUCAGGCGACGCUUUCAUCCAGAUGACAUCAGCAGAGCGGGCCCUAGCUGCUGCACAGCGUUGCCAUAAGAAAGUGAUGAAGGAACGCUAUGUGGAAGUGGUCCCCUGCUCCACGGAGGAGAUGAGCCGUGUGCUAAUGGGGGGCACCUUGAGCCGCAGUGGCAUGUCCCCUCCACCCUGCAAGCUGCCCUGCCUCUCACCACCUACCUACGCCACCUUCCAGGCCACCCCAACACUCAUCCCGGCUGAGACGGCAGCCUUGUAUCCCUCUUCAGCACUGCUCCCGGCUGCCAGGGUGCCUGCUGCCCCUACCCCUGUUGCCUACUACCCAGGGCCAGCCACUCAACUCUACAUGAACUACACAGCUUACUACCCCAGCCCCCCAGUGUCCCCGACCACUGUGGGCUACCUCGCCACACCCCCCACUGCCCUGGCCUCUGCUUCCACCUCAGUGUUGUCCCAGCCAGGAGCCCUGGUCCGUAUGCAGGGUGUCCCAUAUACAGCUGGUAUGAAGGAUCUACUCAGCGUUUUCCAGGCCUAUCAGUUAGCCCCUGAUGACUACACCAGUUUGAUGCCUGUUGGUGACCCGCCCCGAACUGUGCUACAGGCCCCCAAAGAGUGGGUGUGUUUGUAGGUGAGGGAGCCAGGAGGUAAGAGCUGGCUAACAUCUGUCAUGUCUCUCUUGGCAUCGAGAGAACCAGUACCCUCACCCAGGUGGCUCCUUCCUGGGCUUGUCAAAGCUCUCAGCACCUAGAAUGAGCUCAAGCCCCAGCUCCAUCUCCCACUUGUUGCUCUGCCUGUUCACCCUAAAGAUGACGGCUGGACCCUAUACGCAGGGCUGGGGGUGGAAUGGUGUUACCCUGCUCCCAGUGGCCUGAUCUGGGCCUCCUGAAUAGCACCAUGAGAUCCUUCGGUCUGUUUGGCCGUGGUCCGUACCCAGAUUCUGUGGGGCUGAUGUCCACAGCAGGCAUGCUUGCUUUUUAAAAAUGUAAGCCCUGGUGCCUUCAAUGUAUGACUCCUGGGAGCUUCUGAGUAAAGAUCCCAAUAUUGUGCUUUCCCUUUCCCUUCUGGUAGGGGUCAGGGAGGCAGAAAAUGCUGCCCCAGCCCCUGGAAUACUUGACCCUUAGUGGCCACAUUGUGCCAUGGGUCCAAGGACGCUAGCUCUCCUCCAACUUGGCAUAAGGACUAUGAGUGGCAAAAUCACAGACUGUUUUGACCGACUGUACUGCAGUAUCCCCAGAGGACACUAGGGGGCAGGAGGCCUUCACACAAAAUCUCAGGCCUGACUUAAAGGGGACUUACUGCCUACUUUUCAUGCACACCUUGGGCAGGCCAGUUGUCCUGAACUCAUUAGACAUCGUGGAAUGUCCUUUGCACCCAUUAGAGGGUACAGAACUGAAGCUUCGGAAGAAAUUUGGAACUCUACUCACUCCUCCGUAAAAUAAACAAAGGUUCCUAACCAAGUGGACUUUUAAAAACCAAAGUGCCUUUAGCUGCUUUGGACUCCCGAGUGUGGGGCUCCACACCUGCCCCAGGGAGAGGAAAACUCAGGCAGAUUUCAAGGACAGUGUUAACCUGUCACCGCUUGUUAUUUCAGCCCUGUAAGUGAGGAACCUGAAUUGCUGGCUCUUCCCUUUGUUACUUGUGUAAGGAGCACUGUACUCCUAUAAAAGGUUUUAAAGUACAAAAUGUGUAAGAAAACACAAUCCCAAGUGCUGUAAACAUAACAGAGAACCAAUUCCUUAACUGUACGUCGCCCAUUUUAUAAAAUACAAGGUUUCAACAGGGCUUCAAGGCCAGGGGCGCUGGGGUGGCACAAAACUCGGUUUUGGCUCAGGUUGUGAUCUCGGGGGUCUCCCUCUCCUGCCAAAAUAAAUAAAUCUUUAGGAAAACAAUCCCGCCAUUCAAGGGCUUCAUGGCCAGAUCCUAGCAGAGCUCCAGUGGUGGUAGUUCGCCCUGGGCAGCAACACCACACGGGAAACCGAAGACAGGACAUCUGGUCCCUUUCGAGGUGUCUUCAGCCAUGUCCCUUACUAUCUAGCAAGUAGAAGGCUGCUUAUGCCCUUCCUCAACCCAAGAGGUAGCACAGGUUGGAAGGGGCAGGGGUAGAUGCUGAGACAUGCCCAGUUGCUCAGUGUUGCUACUAGAAGUCAGUUUGCACAGCCCAACUGUGUACAGAAGUUUAGUCUUUACCUGUAAAGCCAGAAAAUACUGAUUCUUAAGCCAAAGACUUAACAAAAUGAUACAAGACUGCUUAUAUAGUAUACAAAGCUCUUUUAAAAUUCAACUUUUAUUUUAAAUAGGAAAGCAUUUCUAGUGCUACAGGCAUCAAGGUAUUUAAAAGGCAUCAGAAUUUGGUGCAUAGCAACUCUGGAUCAUAGAGGCUUUUAUUCAUGAGGGCAGCAGAGCAACCCCCAGAGGGUCCUGCAAGGGAAACUCUUGCAGUAACCCCAUGUGAGACAGCUACCCCAGGGGCAAGAGGGUGGAGGCAAGUCCGGCCAGCUGUCUGGAACUUCUUUUCAGGGGCUGCCUCUUAAAACCCCUCCAAAGGAAGCUGUGGGCUGCCAACUACAGGCCCUGAAGCAAAUCGCACUGUCCACAUUCUGACAUAAAACUUUUAAAGAAAAAUGUGAAAACACCCAGCUCCAGGAGGGACCAGAGUGAUUUGCUGAAGGACAGACAUUUUUCUCUAACUAGGUUUAGGGGAAAACUAAAUCAUGGUUUGAAGGGGGGGGGGGAACAUACUUCUUUAUCCUGCAGGAGGCCAACGGCUCCUACCUGGCUGACUAGAGGAGGUGGGCAAUGAGCCGGCUCCCCCUGCGGAGGCCUUACUUGGCCUCAAUGGAGAGUCCUGGCAUCUAGGACUCCUAAUUCCCUGGAUUAAAAAGCCCUUGACCAGCUCAGCACACUGUCACACAUACAGGCACUCAAAAAAAAAAAAAAAUUUUUUUUUUCCUUCCUGAAUAAAUGAAAUUACAUGAUUUUGUUGGAAAACAUACUGCAAACUUCAGGUGCUUUGAAAUGGGCCCAGCCUUGGAAUAGGUACUAAUCCCAUUAAAGGGAGAAGGGCAGGGUUUGGAAAAAGCACCCAACUUGGGCACCUCCUUUGGUAGACAGCAAGCUGGAGGUUUUUGCUGGCCCCUGCCCUGGGCACCAGCCUCACCAGCAGCAGCACCGGGGCAUCUUUGGUGUGGAGGGUCAGGUCUAUGAUGCUACCUCAUGUCUGGGUUUGCGUCGAAGCCUUUUGGGGAAAAGGCUGUGUUUUUGAGGCCGUGUAGAUGGGAGGAGGGUAGGCCAGAAUCAUUUUCGGCUGUAAACAGAACGAGGGAUAAGCAUUCCAUUCCACUGCGAAUCGUAGAAGCUUCCCUUCUGGAGUCCUGCAUUUUCUCUGCUCCUCUUCUGACGCAUAGUUCAUUUGUGCUUAGCUUAUGACACAGCCUGGCCUCUGGAGAGGAGUUAGAACCGGCAAAUUUGCCUAAACCAUCAUGAGGCUGUGGCUUCAAAGGUUAUAGAGCAGCCAAAUGCAGAUAUUCCCAGUUAGAAAAGGUCUGGGACAGAGGACACACAAGGGAAAAGCACUCCACAGCCUACUUGUUUGCAGGAUGGCAGGAUAUUAAAGCUAGGAAGCUAAAAAGCCCACCUUUCAAAGUCACCUUACAUGGAGCUAUCUUAUCCAAGGCCCUGAGGGAAAAAAAGCAAUUUCAACAUGGCGUCAGUAUGGAGAGAGUGCAGGAAGAUUACCUAGAACGUUACAAAAAGGCUAUGCUCUGGAAUGUUGUUUUAUAUUCCAACACGUCAAUGAUUGGAAUGGUCUCUUCUCUAACAGUUUACUUUUAUAAAGAAGUAUGAGCUACAUUUGGCUUUAUUUCCUAUAAAUCUAUGAAAGGCUUUAGGACAUGCUGAGUUUUUGAGGCAUAGGUGUGGGCUUAGGAGAAUUUUUGUUUGCCUCUGGAAGGUUUUAUCAAAAGUUCCUACUUUAAAAAUAUCAUCAAGGCUAAAGAGUCCUUCAAAUGACCAUAAAGGAGUAAAAUCACCAAUCAUAGCUAAGCAACCAGGUCACUUGCAAAAGCAGCAUCUCUGAAAUGGAGAGCCUGCUGCAUUCACACUCAAAGCACCCAUCAUAUAAAAGUAUCCUAUUUAAAUAUAAAAAGCAAAGCUUAUUUCCCCAAAGCUCAGUCUAUGCUGCUCCUGUUCUUUUACAAAAUCUACCCAAGGCCUGAGGUGGAGGAAUGCUGCUUUCCCCACAUACGGUGACCCCAACUCCCGGUGCCAGUCCUGAUGGCCACAGAGUUGGAAACCCAAGGUCCAAGGAGAGAAACAUGCUGAGAAGUACAUGGUGGUGGACACAAGGCUGCAGUGAACUCUUGUCAGAGGCCUUCGGAUCUUCCUAUAUCCAGGGAAUCAGGGCCUGGAAGGGGAGCCUGCCUGCUCACCCCUGUUCCUUGGGAAACAGAAAUCUGAGACAUGUCUCUCCCAAUUAUCUCGUUCACUGAAAAACAAGAAAAAGAAUGAUUAGUGACCUUUGUGUGACUGACCAUAUGAUGCUGAAUGGCGAGUUCCAUUUCAAAGAUUUUUUUUUUUUCCUUUCCAGUGUUCUGUAAAGGUAAAUGCAGUGCUUAAAGCCUGGUCCUAAACUGAAUGGAGACCUUAUUGCAGACCUCUAUUUUCCCUUUCAGUUCAGUUUGGGAUGGGAAGGGAGAUGGUUCAGAGAACAGGAAACAUUCCUACCCUUGUAUAAGCUUCUGCUCUAGAGCAGAAGACAGGAUACAUCUGACAUGAGUUCAUAUUAAUCUCACUUUUCCUGAAUUUGCAUGCCUUUACAGGGGGUUUCCCCCUUCUGAUACCUGUGGUGUACUUUGUAUGUAAAGUGAAUGCAAAUAAAUGUUUUGGUGAGAAUAAAGGAAGAUUUACUAAAUAAAGCAGUUACUUUGUUACCUUA